CACGGGUGCCUUUUUUUAACGCUAAGGUGAUUAAAAAUAAUACGUAAUGAGAUAAGAUAGCAACGUCUAAUUACUCACAUCACCAAGCAAUGUAUCUGUACGCGAUGCUCCAACUUAUCGAGUGUUCGUUCAAUAGACGCAGGCAGAAGCAACUAGGCAAUAGGUAUCACAGUGCAAAGUGUACACAGCAGUCGCGAGUGUUCGGUUCUACUUUGAUAUGUUGAUUUAUUUAUCUUACCGGUGUUCACUUUCAAUAUCCAGUUGAAGAAUCAAACUAAUCUGCAAUGGGUUUCGACGAGAAAAUACCAUUAGUGGGGAAAAGAAGAGACGAAUCGAAGGAUUGGAGACGAACAUCUUCGAUCGUCAGUAAAGGUUUAUCAGUAACUUGGACUAAUCUAAAUGUGGUCGCCGAGCAAAAGAAAAGCAGUCUUUUUAAACAAUCCACUUCAACGUUCAAAGAAAUCAUCCAUAAUGUUAACGGAGCAGUCGAAGCUGGAACAUUAGUUGCAAUUUUAGGAGCUAGUGGUUCGGGAAAAAGCACUUUGAUGACAGUUUUAGCGAAUCGAGCUCCAGGAGGUUUACAUGUAAAUGGAGAUAUUCGAAUAGGUCGAAAAAGAAUAGGAGGAUUUAUAAAAUAUGUAUCUGGUUUUGUCUAUCAAGAUGAUCUAUUCAUUCCAACUCUAACAGUAUUCGAACAUCUUAAUUUUAUGGCCAAAUUGCGUUUAGAUAAAGAUAUGGGAGAUGAAGCUAGGAAAGAUUUAAUAUACGAAGUGCUAACCGAGCUGGGUUUGAUGAAAGUAGCCCAUAGUCGAAUAGGCAAUUCGAAAUUUGGAAACGAAAAGAUGAAUUUAUCCGGAGGAGAACGAAAAAGAUUAUCAGUUGCAACAGAAUUGUUGACGGAUCCUUCUUUAUUAUUUUGCGACGAACCUACCACAGGUCUUGAUUCAUUCACAGCUCUAAAAGUAGUCAGUAGUUUGCAGCAUUUAGUGAACGAAAGACAGAAAACCAUUAUUUGUUCGAUACACCAACCGAAUGAUAAAAUAUUCGCUCUGUUUAACCGAAUCAUUCUGCUCUCCAAAGGAAAAAUGGCUUUCAGUGGAAAUUCUGCCGAAGCUCUCGAAUUCUUUAAAAGUCAAGGUUACCCUUAUUCAGAAGAACAAAACCCGGCCGAUUAUCUGGUUAAAAGUAUGGCGGUAAUUGCUGACAAAGAAGAAGGAGCUAACCAAUUAUGUUCAGCCUUUGAAAAUACAAGUUAUCACGAGAAAAUGAUGAAAUACAUUGAUAUUGAACAUCGAAAUGAAAAUGACGUGGAUCCUUUGGUGUAUCGCAGCAGUAAUGGAAACGGACCUACAUGGCCGACCAAACUUUGGUACGUGACACACAGAAGUUACCUCAGCAUCGUACGAGAUUCGUCAGUUCAAAAUAUGCGAAUAAUUCAAAAACUGUUAUUAGGUCUACUGGUAGGUGUUUGUAUGGGAGGAUCGAUUGAAGCAACUCAGACAGGAUUACAAGCCAUAAAAGGUGUCCUAUUCGUAUUAGUAGGCCAAAACUUCUUCCCAGCUAUUCACGCUGCAAUGGACCACGUGCCGAAACAAAUGCCCAUCUUUUUCAGGGAAUAUGCCAACAGUACAACGACUCCGCUUAUAUUCUACUUGGCUAAUGUUCUUUCAUUGUUACCAGGAUUUCUAUUCGAUCCGUUAUCUUUCACCAUUCUUGUUUACUGGUUGACGAAUCUGCAGCCGGAACUAUGGGCUUGGAGUUUAACGUGUCUCAUUACAGCUUUGGUGUUGAAUAUUUCUGCGGGUUUCGGAAUGUUGAUGUCGACAGUUUUUAGUCGAAGAGAUAUAGCAGCAGCUUGUACAACUCCGAUUGAUAAUACAUAUAUCGUAUGUUCCGGUGUUUUUAUUAAACUUUCCACAAUUCCACCAAUUUUAAGAUGGGUACGUUACAUAUCUUGGUUCACGUACGCGAUCGAAACUUUAUUCAUUAUACACACUGGUGGUUUGGAUAAUAUAGAAUGUCCUGAAAACACCGACGUGCCAUGUUUGAGAAACGGUACCGAAGUCUUGGCCAGUUUCGACUUCGACGAAAGUAAUUUAGUCCCCAAUGUUUGCAAAAUGUUCGGCAUUUAUUUUUUCAUGCAUAUCGUCGCUUAUAUCGGACUUCUGAACAGGAUUCGAACGAGAAAAAUAUAAAUUUCAAAUUUAAUAUCUACCUACUUAAUAUUUAAUUUAAAUCGAGUCAUUUUUGCACCCCAGAUAAUACACUAUAUCGACAUUUAGAACAUAAUUUUAUAACUUUUUGUACGUUGUUAAUUAGUGUUGUUAGUCAUUAUUAUUAUGUACCUAUAAUUAUGAUACAGUAGCAUCAAAAUAAAUCCAUACUUUCAAUAUUGUUA